GCGCCUCGCCUGGAUGUAGGAGGCCCGGCCGAGCGGCGAGGAGCGAGGGUGACACCGCCCAUCCCUGCGCUGGGCGAGCACGGGGACCCCCCCGCGCCCCCCCAGCCUCCGGGGGCACCAUGAAGGACCGGCUGGAGCAGCUCAAGGCGAAGCAGGAUGCAGACGACGAGGAGGAGCUGGAGAUCGCCGUGGACAACACGGCCUUCAUGGAUGAGUUCUUCUCGGAGAUUGAGGAGACCCGGCAGAACAUCGACAAGAUCUCGGAGAACGUGGAGGAAGCCAAGAAGCUCUACAGCAUCAUCCUCUCAGCCCCCAUCCCAGAGCAGAAGACCAAAGAUGACCUGGAGCAGCUGACGACAGACAUCAAGAAAAUGGCAAACAGCGUCCGUAACAAGCUGAAGAGCAUGGAGAGGAACAUCGAGCAGGACGAGGCACGAUCCUCCGCUGACCUCCGGAUACGCAAGUCCCAGCACUCGGUGCUGUCCCGCAAGUUUGUGGAUGUCAUGACCAAGUACAACGAGGCGCAGGUGGAUUUCCGGGAGCGGAGCAAGGGCCGGAUCCAGCGCCAGCUGGAAAUCACCGGCAAGAACACGACGGACGAGGAGCUGGAGGAGAUGCUGGAGAGUGGGAACCCCUCCAUCUUCACCUCGGGGAUCAUGGACUCGCAGAUCUCGAAGCAGGCGCUGAGCGAGAUCGAGGGGCGGCACAAGGACAUCGUGCGCCUGGAGAGCAGCAUCAAGGAGCUCCACGACAUGUUCGUGGACAUCGCCAUGCUGGUGGAGAACCAGGGAGCCAUGAUCGACCGCAUAGAGAACAACAUGGACCAGUCCGUGGGAUUCGUGGAACGGGCCGUGGCUGACACCAAAAAGGCUGUGAAGUACCAAAGUGAGGCCAGGAGGAAGAAGAUCAUGAUCAUGUUGUGCUGCAUCAUCCUCGCCAUCAUCCUGGCAUCCAGCAUCGGGAGCAUCUUCGCCUGAGCCCCCCACCCGCUGCCCUCCAGGUGGCCUUUCCCCCUCCUGGCCCCCUGCCCGGAUGAUCCACGGGAGAGACCCCGGCCCAGCCCCGAUCCCCGAGGACAUCCCACGUGUCCCUGGAGGAGUGGAGCCCCCCACUGCGCCCCCUGCUGCCCUCCCACACCCCCCUCCUCCUGCUCCUCCUCUCGGGUGACAGUCGGUGGCCGCUGUGACAAGCAGCCCCUCCUGGUGGCACGGAGCGGCCGGAGGGGCCGUGUCCCUCGCGGGGGGGGACACAGGGCUCUGCCUUGCCGGGGCGG